GGGAAAAGCAGGACCAGACUUCUGAGCUGAAGCCCUGUGAAGAGUUGAAGUGAGACAUCACCUCCGGACCGCUUUCCUGCAGCCGGCAGGACUCUGACGAAUCGCUCGAUCUUCUCCUGACAAAAUAACGAUGACUGUUUUGGAAAGCGGUCCUCCUGGGGACCUCAUUUUCCUGCUUAGGCCGGAGAAGUUCCUGAACACCAUUGGCAUCUCUCCAUGAACUCCGAGAAGGGUCUCCUGUUGAGAAGCGAGCAAGGGUCGCCCUGAGAUUCAAGGAAAAACAGCUGGGCCUCCGACGGAUUCGACCCCAGAAAGAACCGACCCUCAGCCACCAUGUCGAAGAACUUGGAAAUCAUCAACUUGUCAUUUUUGUUGGAGCACGAGAAGGAAACGAUCCUGGGCGUGUUGAAGAGAGAUGAAUAUCUGAAAAAAGUCGAAGACAAGAGGAUCAGGAAGUUGAAGAAGGAGCUCCUGGAGGCCAAGCGGAGCGGCGGGAAGUGGCAGCAGGAGAGCGACCGGAUCUGCGUUCACUGUCAGAGGAACCUGGGCUUGGUCUUCGACCGGGGGGCCCCCUGCCAGGCAUGUACCCUCCGCGUCUGUAGCGGCUGCCGGAUCGUGGGCCUCGAUGGCAGCUGGAAGUGCUCCGUCUGCGCCAGGAUGGCUCAGCUCCGGAUUGUAACGGGUGAGUGGUUUUUGGAAGAAAAAGCAAAGCGCUUCAAACAAGCCAACGUCCUGGGUACGGAUGUGGUCAGACAGUCCAUCCUACGAAGGAGCCCAGAGGAAGCUGAAGGAGGAAAGGGCAAAGGUCAAGUCUCUCAGCAUGCCCAGGAGAGACCAGAGACUCCAGCCUCUUCCGGCCAGAGACCCGCUCAGGACGGAUUCAGGAGGAAAGGCUUCCUCUUCAGCAAGUUUAGGUCAGCCACCAGAGGGGAGAUCCCAAGCCUGAAAACUGAGAGCGGCAGGAGCUUCAGUCUGGAUUUAGAUGGCCGAAGUUUACGGAGUGGCAGAUCAGCCCCUGGUUCUGCCAGAAGAUCCAGUCCCGAAGGCCACUGCUUCUCAGAAGCCCCACAGGCUACUUUUUUUCAAUCCGGACAGGACACCGUAGAUCAUUUCAGCCCAGCCGUCUUUAAAGUCGAUGCUUAUCCUGAAUCUAAGCACAGCUCACCUGUCUCCCUUAGGGGGAGUUUUCUCUCACUGGAUGCCAGCGACCAGGAGGCAGGACCCUCUCACCUGAGAGGCAGCCGAAACAACGACACGCCGCCAGUUCAGAGGUCUCCAGCUCCCAGUGCCCUCAGCGGAAAGUCCACCAGCAGCAGAGACCUCGGUUUAGAAAAUUUCGCAGGUAUUCCUUCCAGUGAAAGCAUCCCCGGAGAUUUCACCCCCAGACACCGGAGAAAUACUUCAGGCACCCCUUCGAUAGCCGUCUCUGGAGCCUCUCUCUCGUCAGAUCGAAGUAGAUCGGAGUUAGAUUUGAGCGGGUCUUUUUCGGAAGAAAUCGAUGAUACCAUAAGUACCCGAAGCAGAUCUGUACCCGGGGCUUUAGAUGAGAAUCUGGACUACUUGGAGGAGACCGAAGAGGAUGUGGAGGAAUUGGGGCCUGCCCAAUUCUCCAGAAAAAUGAGCAGUUUGGCAAGCGGCUUUUCCACUACAUCCCCUGCCGAUUCUGACAGGAAAUGGACCUGCCUAAAUGUGCCUGAGGUGGAUCCAGACACUACCAGCCUUAACAGCACGAUGAGUGUUUACAGCGAAACCGGGGACUAUGGCAACGUGAAGGUCAGCGGUGAGAUCCUUCUCCAUAUCAGCUACUGCUACAAAACCGGAGGGCUCUACAUCCUAGUAAAGAACUGUAGAAACCUGGCCGUGGCUGACGAAAAGAAACAGAGGACAUAUGCCUACGUCAAGUCAUACCUCCUUCCUGACAAGUCUCGCAGUAAUAAACGAAAGACCAAAAUCAGAACGGGCACCAAUCCAGAAUUUAAUGAAAUGCUAAAGUACACCAUCAGCCAGACGCAGCUGGCGAAGCGUACCUUGCAGCUCUCCGUCUGGCAUCACGACCGGUUUGGACGCAACAGCUUCCUCGGAGAGGUGGAGAUUCCUUUCGACUCGUGGGACUUUGACCACCCGAGCGACGAGUGGUUCACGCUUCAACCGAAGAUGGACGUGGCCACAGAUGUUGGACUUGAAUACAAAGGAGAGCUGACGGUCAUUUUACGCUAUAUUCCCCCGGACAGGAGUCUAAUUCUGCCACUUGAACAGCUUCAAGCAGGAAAGAAACCUCUCAAAAAGGGGAAGAAAAAGGACAUUCCUUUGGCCACAGAGGGGAUAUUAGAGGUGUUCAUCAAAGAAGCCAAGAAUUUGACAGCGGUGAAAUCAGGAGGCACUUCUGAUACAUUUGUGAAAGGAUACCUGCUCCCAGACAACAACAAAAUCACCAAGCACAAAACCCCUGUGGUGAAAAAGAGUGUGAAUCCUCAGUGGAAUCACACUUUCACCUUCUGUGGCCUGAACCCCCGGGAUAUGAAAAACGUGUGUCUCGAGCUCACCGUAUGGGACAAGGAGGCCCUCUCCAGCAAUAUAUUCCUUGGCGGAGUUCGCUUGAACACUGGGAGUGGUGUGAGCCAUGGGAAAGAAGUGGAUUGGAUGGAUUCCCAAGGGGAAGAACAGCUCCUCUGGCACAGGAUGGCUACCAGUCCUGGCAUGUCUGUGGAGGGAAUAUUAAUGCUGAGGUCCAGCAUGGGGAAACGCAGACUCUGAGAGGAAAUAUCUCCCCACAAGAUGACUCCACCGCUAGGCCGGUGUGGCUGCUUUCCCUCUCCUCCUGUCAGGAGGCCUUCUGGGCCCGUGGGAGUCAGUACGCUAGGCUUAGGCCCAGGAUACGGCAGGGACUUUCCCUCUCAUCCCGAACCACGAGGUUGUCAGCACGCGACAAAACCAGUCCCUCUCCUGAGGCCCCUGGGCCCUGAGAGCUUCCAGUGGACCCUUAGACUCCAUUCAAAGACAUUUGUCUUAAGAAGGCAGGAAAGGAAGUGGUUGACCUGGCUCAUUCACCGAGCUCUGGCCGGAACUAGGAUCUUAUUAAUAAUAAUUGUAUUUCCUAAGCACUUGUUAUGUGCCAGGUACUGUACUGAGCACUGGGGUGGAU